CUGUGAGGAAGGAUGGAGGGGACAAGGGAGGGCAGCUCACAGCUCCCUUCUUCCUACCACCUUUAUUCCCACUUGCUUAAUGAUCAAUUCUUUAACAAUGUUUCCACACGUUAAUCAAGUCGGUCCGAUUCUCCAGAGAUCAACAGAUCCCGAGCCGUCUUACGUGUCGCUGCCCGAUAGGCCUGGACCCGAUACCUCAUACACAUGCAGUUCCCUAUAAACAAACCCUCACAUUUAUAUUAUUGGGUCUCUCUCUCUCUCUCUCUCUCUCUACCUCUUAUUAACCCAAAAGAAUAGAAGAAGAGAAGCAAACAAGAAGGAGGAGAAAAGGAGAAAAGAAGCAGAUCGUGAGGCCUAGGGUUUUCCAAACAACCAUCUUGAUUUUGUGUCAUUGCCUCUGGAGAGAAAAAAAUGGUCGGCUUGCUCGGCGGCAGCGACCUGAACUACAAGGAGACAGAGCUGUGCCUCGGCUUGCCUGGCGGCAGCGGGGCGGCAGAGGUGGAGGCUCCAAGGGCCACCGGGAAGAGAGGGUUCUCUGAGACCGUGGUGGAUCUCGAGCUCAACUUCCAAGCCAAGGACGGUUCGUCGGUGGUGGAUCUCAAAGAGGCCAUGAAGAGUAAGGUGAAGACUCUUCUUGCUGGUGCUAGCCCCGCUAAAGAUCCUGCAAAGCCACCAGCCAAGGCUCAGGUGGUGGGCUGGCCGCCAGUGAGGUCAUACAGGAAGAACAUGAUGGUAGCCCAGAAGAACGCCGACCCUGAGGAGGAGAAAGAGAAGGCAGCCGCGGCCGCGGCAUUCGUGAAGGUGUCCAUGGAUGGAGCGCCUUAUCUUCGCAAGGUCGACCUCAAGAACUACAGCAGCUACAAGCAACUCUCCGAUGCUCUUGGCAAGAUGUUCAGCUCCUUCACCAUGGGGAGCUAUGGUGCUCAAGGAAUGACAGACUUCAUGAACGAGAGCAAGCUGAAGGACCUGCUGAACAGCUCUGAUUAUGUGCCGACGUACGAAGACAAGGACGGCGACUGGAUGUUAGUGGGCGAUGUUCCAUGGGAGAUGUUUGUCGACUCAUGCAAGCGCCUGCGCAUAAUGAAAGGGUCCGAAGCAAUAGGGCUCGCACCAAGAGCAAUGGAGAAGUGCAAGAGCAGAAGCUGAACACCCAAACUCUGCGCUCACCAGUUUUAGAUCCUCUCGAGGCAAACACCUUUUGGCCAGAGAUUCUCCAUGGAUCAAAGGCCAUGGUGCUCCUCCUUUACCCGUCCGUCUCUGUACUUUCAUUGUUUUAGCUCGUACAUAGAUAUCAAAAGAUGUGGUGAUUUGUAAUGGAACAAGAGGCAAUAAACUUUAGCUCGUCUGAUGUUUUUUUCCUUUUCUUGUCUUUCAUUUUUUUUUUUCAUUUUUGUCUUGUUUUCUGUUCUUGUGGGCUUCACUAUAAUGGCUUGCUUAAAGACAUACUAUUUUCCUUAUUAUUCUGUCCCCUACUGUCAUCGCUGUCACGGUUGUUGGGUGUUUUAUUCUCCAGAUAUAUAAAUAUUUAUUUCCACCCAU